CAAUUCCCUCCAACCAAGCAAAGUACACGAGUCUAAUCGUUCUUCACCGAGAAAGAGAUUCUAGGUUAAUUUUUUUUUUCUCACUCGAUUGAAGGAUGAGUUCCACUGGUGGAGGCUCGACGAAGGGAGGAAGAGGAAAGCCGAAGGCAACGAAGUCUGUUUCACGGUCUUCGAAGGCGGGGCUCCAGUUUCCCGUCGGCAGGAUUGCCAGGUUCCUUAAGGCCGGAAAGUAUGCUGAGCGUGUCGGUGCUGGAGCUCCGGUCUAUCUCUCUGCCGUUCUUGAAUACCUAGCUGCCGAGGUUCUGGAGCUUGCAGGGAACGCAGCAAGAGAUAAUAAAAAGAAUCGUAUUGUGCCGAGGCACAUACAGCUUGCAGUUAGGAACGAUGAAGAGCUGAGCAAGCUUUUGGGUUCAGUGACCAUUGCAAAUGGUGGUGUGUUGCCCAACAUUCACCAGACUCUUCUCCCCAAGAAGAUGGGCAAGGGAAAAGGCGAUAUUGGAUCUGCCUCUCAAGAGUUUUAGAUCUCUCUUGGUCUUUUUUUGGUUAUAAAUUCAACAGUUGUAAUAUUCGACUUUCUACUCUUUUUUUGUUAAUCUUUUUACAGACUUAAUGAUAAUUACGAUCGAUAUUUUAUUGGCUUC